AGGCAACACAAGCGCUGCCCACCAAAACGCCUGCAUUGCGCUAUCCCAAACAUCGGUGCCUAGCAGGAGCACUAUCAUGGAGUGUUAUGCUCUCCAAAAGACGCGCCUCUCUGCUGAGCGCGUCGGCCGUGUCGCGACGUGUUUGCGAUGAAGUAGCCACCUCCAACAAUCUGCGACCUUUAGACCAUCAUAUACAGAGUGAUUCCAAAUCCCCCCCUUCAACCCCACCUAUUGCUUCAAAAGUAAUGCUCGCCACCCCGCCACGCACUACACCUACACCUUCUCCCGCUUCGACUUGCCGAUGGAUGCGCACACGGCCAAUUGCUCCAAGAAACAGUACCUGUAAAAGACUAUAUACAGCCUCUGCUUCCACCUCACAAUAUUCGACUGGCUGCUCUACUCCAAGAACCGCCCUCUCCAUGGCCGAAGACAACAGUCGAAUACGGCAGACGUCGGCCGCACUACACGUCAAACACCCCUGGAAUACCAUGGCUCAGAGAGCUGAUGGCUUGCAGCGAGUUGGAUUGUGGAACCCAGCCCAAGGAUUGCGUUUUGCGACCACGGCGGCCAUAGAGAAACAGCGACCAGACCCGCCUCCUGGAGAUGCGAAGUCCAUGCCCCAGCACGAGGCUGAAGCGCCCGAGAUACUCGAAACUGAGAUUCAUACUGUAUACACUGGUAGUGGGACUACCUAUGACGUGCAAGCCAGCGCCGGAGACGAUACCCAUUCAGCGGCAAGCCAUGCGACACAGAGCAAUGAGUCUUCACAAGAUAUAGAAACCGACAGUGUCGCACUUGGAGAAGAGGUUGAACAAGAGCCUGCUGCUCAAGAUGUCGAAGAAGAUGCAGAUGAUUACAUACCGCUUGCUUACCAGAUUCCCGAAGACAAACUGCGCGCUGCAAUGCUAGCCGCCCCCAAUACCCGAGCCAGUUUUUGGAGUGCGAAGCUGUAUGAAGGGCCGGAUGGGGAGCAGCUUCAGACACACUAUUGCAAGACGUUCGACGUUGCUGAAAGGGUUGCCCAGUACUUCCUGCAAGAGAAGGUUGUGGGCUUUGAUAUUGAGUGGAAGCCGCGUGGUAAUCCAUGCUCAAUCAAGCAAAAUGUUUCGCUAGUUCAGCUUGCAUGCGAGAACCGUAUCGCCCUCUUCCACUUGGCGCUGUUUCCUGGUAAGAAGGUCGAAAAGCUGAUGCCACCUAGCCUCAAGGCUGUUCUAGAAUCGCCGAACAUUUACAAGGUAGGCGUAGCUGUCAAAGGUGACUUCACCCGCUUAGAGAAGUAUCUUGGAAUCCAACCUCAGGGCGUCUUCGAGCUGAGCCGCUUACACAAUCUGGUUGAGUGGCACGACGUGGACCCUAGUAAGAUCAGCAAAAAGCUCGUAGGCCUUGCUGCACAGGUGCACCAACACCUUCAACUGCCCUUAUACAAAGGGGAGCAAUUAGACGACGACCCAGAAGGGACGGCUAGUGUUCGCGAGAGCGAUUGGUCUCUCCCUUUGAGUUUGGAACAGAUACACUACGCAGCUGCUGAUGCAUAUGCGGGCUAUCGCCUCUAUUACAUGCUUGAAUGGAAAAGGACAAGGUUAAGACCGACUCCUCCGCCCAUACCGCUUUGCGACUAUGACAACAAGCCUGACCCCAAUAAAGUCAAGAUACCUCGCAAGAAGACCAAGGCGACUACUAAGUCUGAAGACGUGAAAACUGCUCAGGAAUCGUCAGUCGAUGCUGCGAGAGAAGAGCAAGAGGGUGAGGGGAAAGGCGAAGGCUAUGAAACGGCAUCAGAAGAGCUCAUCGAUAGCCAUCAACUGGAGGGUACGUCAUCUUCAGCAUCAUCCAAAGAAGUCCAAGAAACGGGGGAGUCUUACUUCGGUGCGGAAUACACCGAGAGUGAAAGGGUGAGGGGUAUAGGAUCUGACAUGGAAAUUUCUUCAUCAAGCAAGCGAAUCGGUCGGGUGAAGCUUUCCAUGCUCACAAGCACUGAUCCGGAAUACCCUACGCUGCCACAGGCAUCGCAAGAGGAAGCUACGGAGUCAAUGUCAACCGAAGCCUUCAAGGAUGAUGCCAGUAAAGACGGAAAUGGCGAUGUUUCAUUCCGCUCACAGCUGUCAGACUCUUUCGACGCUAGCGAAGAUGCAUACGAUGACCCGGAGCUUGAGGAGGCGCUUGGGUACAUGACCCUCGAUGACAGCGGGAAGUUGACAGAAGAUGCCAAGAGCUCGGCGGCAGAGCAUACUAAGCCACCGGAGAGCAACGCCAACGUGGCUGAGAUGUCGGACUUGAAGCCCAUUUCUCUCGAGCUUCAAGAAGUCGCUGAAACAAUGCGGCUGGUACCCGCAUCUGUCGCCGGCUUGGCAGAAGAGCCAUGUCAAGUGUCGGAAUAUGACACGGCAACCACAUGGGCCCAAGGAUAUGUUCGAAGUACAAUUCCAUCCCCUAGCUCGACGGCACCUUCUCGAAUCCGCGCCACAGUGCCACAUCUCCGCGCCUACCACUUAUGGCAUCAUCAAAAGCGAUCGAUUGAAGACAUCAGACGGGUGUUGAGAGAUCCACCCAUGUCAAGCACUACGGUCACAAAUUAUAUCUUGCAGGCAGUCGUGUUGGAGAAGCUGGAAUACGAAGAAAAAUCGCUCAAAGGCGUGAUGCUGAUGAUGUCAUCAGGUAUGAGAAAGGGACGAUGGAGGGGACUGGCAGAGGAAGUUGGUGCCCUGGAAUGA